UGACGGGGGACCUCAAUGCAUAGAUCCAAAUAUUGAAACACUGAGGGGAAAAACUGAAAGAAGAGGAAAAAACAAUAGAGGGGAAAUAUUGGAAUUACAUUUGAAUUUACAAAGCAAUGGAAAAGUGGAAGUGAUCUACAUCCAAUGGACUUCAGUCAGCAAAUUCUUCAGCAUCAGCUUCUGCUGUUCCAAUGGAAACUGAAGUUUCUGAGUUCGAAAUGACUUAUUCACGUUGUUUCUGAACGAUGUGACACUGGUCGCUUUUCUAGGCUGGGGACCUUAUUACAUUUAGAACUUUGGAAAAGAGUUCGAGUUCUUUUCUUUUCACUGGCUUUCUAUGGGCUCUUUUGGGAUGCGAUCAGCGGAUACAAAGUGACCAGCUCUGCGCUUGCAGACUUAUAAUUCCUUUGGAGGUCAUUUCAAAAUAUUGCACGGUUUUUUAAACUUUGUUUACGAUUGACCUCGAGCUUUUCAUUCAUUUUGGACUCGUGGAGUGCGUGUUUGAAUACAAAUAAACUGGAUUACUAUCAGAUUAACGGGGACCUUUACAGAAAAAAAACAGCAAAUUUGCGUUACACUCAAGUAUUCUGGAAAACAGAAAUAUAUUGCAUUUGGAUAUUAUGAAGGAUCAAAAACGCACAAAACUCUGAUUUAUUUUUUAUCUUUUUUUUAUUUUUGCGGAUUACACACAGUUCCCUAAACGCGAAUAUUUGAACGAUGACGGGCAGAGUUAUUGGAUUCGUGCUAUUUAUCGCAGUUAUUCACAUUUGCACAGGAUCCCGUCUGCGGCAGGAAGACUACGCACCCCGCAUUGUGGAGCACCCCUCUGACUUGAUCGUAUCCAAGGGCGAACCGGCCACCCUAAACUGCAAGGCAGAGGGGCGACCCACCCCCACCGUGGAGUGGUACAAGGAUGGAGAGCGUGUGGAAACGGACCGGGACAACCCUCGAUCCCACCGCAUGCUCCUGCCCAGCGGCUCGCUCUUCUUCCUGCGUAUCGUACACGGCCGUCGCAGCAAACCCGACGAAGGCUCCUACGUUUGCGUGGCCCGUAACUACCUGGGAGAAGCGGUUAGCCACAACGCCUCACUGGAAGUAGCUAUUCUUCGAGAUGAUUUCAGACAGAACCCCGUGGACGUGAUGGUGGCGGCGGGUGAGCCAGCGGUCAUGGAGUGCCAGCCGCCCCGUGGGCACCCCGAACCCACCAUCUCCUGGAAGAAAGAUGGAGUCACUAUAGACGACAGAGACGAGAGGAUAACGAUACGAGGAGGAAAACUGAUGAUCACCAACACCAGAAAAACGGAUGCAGGGAAGUACGUGUGUGUGGGAACCAACAUGAUGGGGGAACGGGAGAGCGAGAUCGCAGAGUUGACUGUUCUCGAGAGGCCCAGUUUCUUACGAAAGCCGAGCAGUCAGUCUGUUCUGGUGGACCAGAGUGUGGAGUUCAGAUGUGAAGCUCAAGGAGACCCCGUGCCCACCAUCCGCUGGAGGAAAGAGGACGGAGAUCUUCCCAAGGGAAGGCAUGAGAUCUGGGAGGACCACAUGCUCAAACUGAAGAGACUGACCUCAGGAGACGCCGGUACUUACACCUGUCAGGCGGAGAACAUGAUGGGGAAGACGGAGGCCAGCGCCACCCUCACCGUCCACGUUGUGUCUGUUCCUCCUGUGUUCGUGGUGCGACCCAGGAAUCAAGUGGUCGGGAUGGGCCGCACUCUGACCUUUCAAUGCGAAGCCACAGGAAGUCCUCAGCCUGCCAUAUUUUGGCAGAAAGAAGGCAGUCAGAACCUUCUGUUCUCCUCUCAACCUCCUCCUCCCUCCAGUCGAUUCUCUGUCUCUCAGACGGGUGAUCUGACCAUCACAGCGGUGGAGCGUUCGGACGGAGGCUACUACAGCUGUCAGGCUCUGAACAUCGCUGGCAGUGUGAUCACCAAAGCCCUGCUGGAGGUUACAGACGUGAUCUCAGACAGACCGCCACCCGUCGUCCGCCAGGGUCCCACCAACCAGACCGUGGCUGUGGAUGGGACGGUGGUCCUGGGAUGCCAAGCCACCGGCACGCCGACUCCCACCAUCCUGUGGAGGAAAGACGGGGUCCUGGUGUCCACCCACGACUCUCGCCUCAAACAGCUGGACACAGGAGCCCUGCAGAUCCGUUACGCCAAGCUGGGAGACACUGGCAUGUACACCUGCACCGCGUCCACCCCCAGCGGAGAGGCGUCUUGGAAGGCUUACCUGGAGGUGCAAGAGUUUGGCACUCCGGUUCAGCCGGGCCGACCCACAGAUCCCAACCUCAUCCCCAGCGCCCCCUUCAAACCAGAAGUCAUGGACGUCAGCCGCACCUCUGUGUCUCUGUCCUGGAAGCCCAACCUGAAUGCUGGAGCCACGCCCACCUCUUACGUCAUAGAGGCCUUCAGCCAUGCGGCGGGCAGCAGCUGGCAGACGCUCGCGGAUCACGUGAAGACAGAGAGCUUCGUUCUGAAGGGUCUGAAACCCAGCGGCGUCUACCUGUUCCUGGUGAGAGCGGCUAAUGCGUACGGCCUGAGCGACCCGAGCCCCAUCAGCGAUGCUGUCAAAACACAAGACGUCCCACCAACCAGUCAAGGAGUGGACCAUGGGCAGAUCCAGAGGGAGCUGGGAGAUGUUGUCAUUCACCUCCACAAUCCCACAAUUCUCUCAUCAUCUUCUGUCAGAGUCCAGUGGACUGUCGAGCAGCAGUCUCAGUACGUUCAGGGCUAUAAGGUGAUGUACCGGCCGUCCCCAGAGGGCGCUCAGCAGUGGGUGGAAUGGGCCAUGUUUGAGGUUCGAACCCUGGGGGAGAACAGCGCAGUCGUCACCCAGCUCAAGAAGGGCGUGACCUAUGAGUUCAAAGUCCGACCUUUCUUCAACGAAUUCCAAGGCACAGACAGCGACAUCAAAGUGGCCAGGACCCUGGAGGAAGCGCCCAGCGCCGCUCCCAGGGGGGUCACCGUAACGGGAAGCGGAGACAACGGCACAGCUAUUCUGGUAUCCUGGCAACCGCCCCCGGAGGAGGAGCAGAACGGCGUGGUGCAGGAAUAUAAGAUCUGGUGUCUGGGUAAUGAAAGCCGAUAUCACAUUAACCGCACGGUGGAUGGAUCCACACACUCGGUUCUGAUUCCCGGCCUGCUCGCAGGGGUCACGUACAGGGUGGAGGUGGCAGCCAGCACAGGGGCCGGUCCCGGGGUCAAGAGCGAGGCUACGUCCUUCCAGCUGGACUCGUCAGGCCGUGUUCUUCCGCCGCCGCUGGACGAUGACAAUACGAUUUCCCAGCAGAUCUCAGACGUGGUGCGUCAGCCGGCCUUCAUCGCGGGCAUCGGCGCGGCCUGCUGGAUCAUCCUCAUGGUCUUCAGCAUCUGGCUGUACCGCCACCGUAAGAAGAGGAACGGCCUCAGCAGCAGCUACGCCGGCAUCCGCAAAGUGCCCUCCUUCACCUUCACCCCCACAGUGGCCUAUCAGAGAGGAGGAGAGGCCGUCAGCAGUGCUGGAAGGCCAGGCUUGUUGAAUAUAGGUGAACCAGCUACCCAGCCCUGGCUUGCAGACACAUGGCCGAACAGCUGCUCCAAUCACAACGACUGCCCCAUCAACUGCUGCACUGGCAGCAACGGAAACAGCGACAGCAACCUGGCCACUUACAGCCGCCCAGCCGACUGCAUCGCCAACUACAGCAACCAGAUGGACAACAAGGCCAGCAACCUUCUAGCUCCCGACACGGGCCUUUACAGUGACGUGGACCUCUCCAACAAGAUCAACGAGAUGAAGACCUUCAACAGCCCCAACCUAAAGGACGGCCGUUUCGUGGGUCCUGGUGGUCAACCUACGCCCUACGCCACCACCCAGCUCAUCCAGUCCAGCCUGGCCAACAACAAUGUGAACAGCAGCAGCGGCGGAAGUGGAGGAGGAAGUGCUGACAUUAAUGAGAAGCUGAGCUGGAAGAGCAGCCAGGGUACGCCUCAAAAACAGGCUGACAUCAACACACCACUGCAGUAUAACGUCAUGGAGCAAAACAAACUGAACAAGGACCACUAUCGAGGUGAGGGGCCCGUCUCAGGCACCAUCCCCUAUAACCAGGCCCAGGACGUCCUCACAGGAGGAACCUACAGCAGCUCCGACAGGGGGAGCAGCACUUCUGGAAGUCAAGGACAGAAGAAAGGUGGGCGAUCAACUAAACAGAUCAAACAGAACCCAAUGAAUUGGACUGAACUGUUGCCUCCUCCUCCGGUUAAUCCACCACCGUGUCAGGAAUACACCCUCGCGAUGGAUGACAGUUAUGACACCGACCUGCAGUGCCCUUUGCCGCCGUCUCGUAUGUAUCUGCAACCUGACGAGCUAGAAGAGGAGGAGGACGAGGUGGAGCUGGAGCGCGGACCUACGCCGCCCGUACGGGGAGCAGCUUCCUCACCUGCCGCCGUAUCCUACAGUCACCAGUCCACUGCGACCCUCACCCCGUCCCCUCAGGAGGAGAUGCAGCCCAUGCUGCAGGAUAACCCUGACCUACACGAGCGCAGGCGACUCUUGGUGAGCCCACCCCCUCCACCACGCCCCCUCUCCCCUCCGCACACAUACGGCUACAUCUCUAGCCCCCUGGGUCUGGACACGGACGGCCUGGAGGAAGAAGAGGACGAGGAAGAGGGUGACGAGAUGGAUGCGGAGGUGGCUCGAGUCCACCAGCUCCACACCCACCCUCACCAGCAGCACUUGCCCCAGCAGAGGGCUCUCCUGCGGGGCCUGGAACAGACCCCGGCCUCCAGCACCUGUGACCUGGAGAGCUCCGUCACCGGGUCUAUGAUCAACGGCUGGGGCUCGGCUUCAGAGGAAGACAACGCCUCGUCGGGUCGCUCCAGCGCCGUCAGCUCAUCGGACGGAUCUUUCUUUACCGAUGCUGAUUUCGCCCAGGCCGUGGCAGCUGCGGCCGAAUAUGCUGGUUUACGCGUGGCAAAGCAUCCUGGGAAAGGCCACCAUCAGUUUCCAGUGUCUGGAGCAGCACGGAAAUACCAAAACCUCCCUGCGGGACACCGUCCAGGCAGCCCAGUGUCCACAGACAGUAACGUUAGCGCAGCCCCGGGUCAGAGGAGGCCCCUAAAGAGGCAAAAACAACAUCCAGCUGCUCAGACAGGCUACCAGCGUCGAGAGGCCUACUCAGAGGAUCUCCCCCCUCCUCCGAUUCCUCCUCCGGCUAUGCUGAAGUCUCCAACACACCCGGCCAAAACCAUCCCGGAGGGCCCACGGGGGGCCAUGUCGCCCAGAUCCAGUUCUGCUGAUGGCAAGGACAAGCGGACGGGUUCGGGCGGACCCAGACCCCGGGAUGGCUCGGACACCCGGACCAGCUCUUCGGAACGGCGGGAGGGCCAGGAUGUACAGAAGGGUCAGAGGACGGGGAAAAGCAGCAAACAAGAUGCCGGUGCAAGCCAUAAGAGCCGCCAGCACCCAGGAUCAGAGGACAUCCUACCUUACAGUCGCCCAUCUUUCCCAGCUGUCCACAGUCCUCGUGGAGAAAGAGACCCCAGCUCCUCCAGUUCACUGUCCUCUCGAGGGUCCGGUGGACGACGGAGAGGUGAAGGGGCUCCGGGAGCCCGCAGAAACCCUGCAGAUGUUGGGCUAAACACCAUAGGAGCCUUCCAGACAGGAGGGGAGGAGCUUGAGAUGAUGGACAGCUGAAGAUAUAAAAAAAAAUGGCUGUCUAAAGUUCCUCAGCAACCAUCUUCAGCGCAGUUUGACCAUC